GAUGCGGUCUUCGGUGCUGGCUACCAAUCAGCUCUGACAUCACUUGUCAAGAACCGAAGGAGCAUCCCUGAGUAUUUGGAGAAUCCUGAGCUGAAACAGGAGCUCACUGCCAUCCACGAGAUGUAUGAUGAGGAAAUGAAGAAAAAGAAGAAGGAGUUGAAGCUUGCCCAGAAGGAGAAUGGCACCCUGAUAGAUGAUGACGAGGAUGAAUUGGAGGCCGAGAAAGAGGAUCCUGUGGAACCUGAAGAUCAAAGCCUCAAGCACAUCAUGGUUGAGGGUGAUGAUCCAAGCCUGCCAUUCAAGAAUCCCAAGGAUGGCUUCACGGAGAAAGGCAUCCAAAUGAAGGACCGGCUGGCCCAUUUCAAGAAGCAAGCCCAGAGAAAAGACUCAGCAAAAGAUGAUGAGGAGGAGCAUCGUGAUGACCAGCCAAAGCCAAAGGCUAAGGCCAAGUCCAAGGGAAAGAAUCCAAAGCCUGAGAAGCCAGAAGAUGAUGAUGCUGAAGAAGUUGAAGAGCCUGCGUCAGUGGCGGAAGAGACUGAUGAUGACCAGGAG